UGUGUGAAAAAAAGUAAUUUUGGCUGGUGUCACUCCGACUCCACCUACUGGCAUGUGCUGUGGCGAUUCGACCAAUGGUGGAGGAGUAGAGUGACAGAUCAGUCAGGUGGGGCGAGACUGAUAACAAUUAAAAUCACACCGAAGUUCGAUAAAAUCGCAUUCAUCGCUAGAAUGAGUGAUAAGACAAACGGAUUUCAUCAUGUCAAAGAUGACGAUUUUAAAGACAUCCGGAUACCCGUUCCUUGGGGGCAUAUUAGUGGUAAAUGGUGGGGCUCGAGGGUGGUCCAGCCCAUUCUAGCCAUCCAUGGUUGGCAGGACAACGCUGGAACGUUUGACACUUUGGCACCGCUUCUGGCAAACCGAGGCCACUCACUGUUAUGCAUUGACCUUCCAGGUCACGGUCUCUCGUCGCAUUAUGCCCAAGGGCACUACUAUUAUAUAUUCUGGGACGGUAUUCACCUACUCCGGCGCAUAGUCAAGCAUUUCGAAUGGGAGAAUGUCACCCUCAUGGGGCACUCUCUCGGCGGGGCAAUUUCGUUCCUGUACGCCGCUGUCUACCCAGACGAAGUCGAAAAAUAUAUAAGUUUAGAUAUAGCGAGCCCGAGUGUGAGGUCCCCGGCUAAAAUUAUAGCGACUAUACCAGACGCUGUGGAUAAAUUUUUGCACUACGAGCAUUUGACACCACAGCAGAUUCCGUGUUACGAGUACAACGAAAUGAUAGAUAUUGUUCAUGACGCCUAUAAAGGCGGGGUUACACUAGAGGGGUGUAAGAUCAUGAUGAGGAGAGGAAUGAAGCCGGUUGAAGAUAAGCCAGGGUUUUACGUUUUUUCGAGGGACCCUAGGCUAAAAGUACCUUCGUUAGCGUUUAUGACGCAAGAGCAGUCUUUAGAUUUUGCAUCUAGGAUUAAGUGCGAGGUGUUGAAUAUAAGAGGGGAUCCUGGAAUGACGUUCGAGUUUCCAGAAUUCUAUGGAACGGUCCUGGACAAGAUUGAGCAGCAAGCGAAGAAGGUUGAACGACACGUGGUUAAAGGUAGCCACCAUUUGCAUCUGAACAAUCCAGAAAGGAUUGUUGAUAUUGUUGAUCAGUUUCUUUCGUCGUAGUAGCUAGUAGUAGGAAAUUAUUGCGAUUGUGAUACGCUACGUUUAUUGAUUUAUUUAUUGUCACAUUUGUUUUGUACCAGUAAAACGUCAGUAUUUAUUGUGAGUAGAUGUUUCCGUAAUUUUAUUGUUGACAAGUUCUAUUAAAUAUUUUCUUAUUAAAUAAAUUACGUUACACAAAAA